CCAACCCACCCACCCCCUUUUAAAAACAAGCCGUCACCAUCCAUCCACACAUUCAUAAAUCUGCAACAUAUUUCACUUACUUUCUUCACACGAAUUCUCAAUUAAUUCCAUUCCACUAUGGAGACAACAAAUCAACCAAUAUCUUCUUCAUCUCCUUCUUCCGGUGAUGACGAUCCACCUCCAGCUGAUGACGUCACCUUCCGUUUCAAUCAAAAACUGACGCUGAUUUCAGAACUUGACGCCAACGAUGAUUCUAAUCCACAACAGUUGAUUCCAGAAGCUUCAGAAACGGACGAUGGUCCAAUAUCUUCAUCUCCACCGGCAGCUGAUGACGUCACCUUCCCUUUCAAUCAGCUUCAGAUUAACGGUAACAACUAUGAUUCUAAAAUUUCUAAUCCACAAAACUUGAUUCCAGAAGCUUCAGAAACUGAAGACGAUGAUGAAGAAGACGAAGAAGAAGAUGAUGGUGAUUUCACGUUUAUGUAUGUAGCCGAUAACGGUAACGGUAACGGUUCACUAACGGCGUUCGAAAACGGUCAGAUCCGUAACGUUUUCCCGCUAUUUGAUCAAAGUUUGUUAUUAACCGGCGAUUACGACGACGGAAACCGCCGUUUUCCGAUUGACGUACCGGUAGAUAAGGUUUUCAUCGAGUCACCUCGCCGAUCUCCGUCAGAUAACGGCGAAACUGACGGAACCGGAACCCUACGCCGUUUGCAAAACGAAUCCGAAAUCAACAAGAGCAACUCUACAGGAUUCUCGAAGCUCUGGAGGUUUAGAAAUAAUGAAAUGAAUCGGAGUAACAGUGACGGACGUGACGCUUUUGUGUUUCUAGAAAGUUCAGAUACCGGAACAACUGCAACGACAUCGGAUGGAAAACCUAACGGCGUUAAAGUCAACGUUGGAAAGGGGAAAGGUGUGAAGAAAGGGAAAAAGUCAACGGCGUCGGCACAUGAGGUUUAUUUGAAGCAGAAAGGUGGACAGACGGAGGAAGAACGCCGGCGGUCAUAUCUGCCGUACCGGCCGGGGUUAAUGGGGUUUUUUACGAAUGUGAACGGUGGUUUAAGCAAGAAUGUGCACCCGUUUUAGGAUCAAGCUUUUUUCGUAAUGUUACACAUGUGUAAUAUAUUACUGUUUAUGUUAAUGUUAAGUAUUAACAAUUUUUGUUUUA